UUAAACCCUAAAAACAGGGUUUGGAUGCCUUUCAUGGCUGUCCUUCAGAAUUGCCUAUUUAUUCACUAAUUUUCCAGUCUCAGUGAAUCUCUUCGGCUUUCUGUUUUUAUUAUUUCUUAAUUAAUUCAUCUUAUUUGCAAUAAGAGUGAUUUUUAUUCAAUAAAGAAUCGCAAUGUCGGAAAAUAAUUCUCAAUCCGGUUCAGUUCAAAACCCCAGAGUGACAUGGGAAGGUUGCAGUGUCUUGCUCGACAUCAACGAUGGCGACCGUUUGGUUUUUGCUCGCCUAUCGGCCGCAUCGACGUUGAAAAUUGGGAAUAAGAGCUUCCCUCUGCAGCCCCUAAUUGGGUGUCCUUUCGGGUCUUUGUUCCAAGUCGAAAACGGCGACAAUGGGCCUUAUUUGUCUCGCUUUAUUCCCUCCAUAGAAGGCAAUAAUAUUCAAGAGAAAGGAGACUUUCAGUCACAAGAGAUAUCCAAAGAUAAUCGAGCAUUAGUUGAUAAUAAUAAAGCCCAAAGCCUAACUGGUGAAGAUAUAGAUACAAUGCGAAGACAGGGUGCAACAGGUGAUGAAAUAGUUGAUGCCCUGAUUGCUAAUAGCGCUACAUUUGAAAACAAAACAUUGUUCUCACAAGAAAAAUAUAGGCUUAAGAAACAGAAGAAAUAUGCACCCAAAGUACUUUUGAGGCGCCCUUUUGCUCGAAGUAUAUGUGAGGCAUACUUCAAGAAAUACCCAGCAAGAAUUGGAUUCUUGCGAGUGGAUACAUUAUCUCUUCUGCUUUCCAUGGCCAAUGUUUCUGCAAAUUCUGAUGUUCUCGUAGUGGAUAUGGUUGGUGGCCUUCUAACUGGUGCCAUGGCAGAACGUUUAGGAGGUACUAGUUAUGUUUGCAGUACAUAUCUUGGAAGUACACCAUAUCCCAUGGAUGUAGUCAGAAUAUUCAACUUUAGUGAUGAAGUUUGUAAGAGGAUUGUGCGGUCUCCUCUGACUGAACUCUCUUUAUCCCAAACUGGAUCUUCUGAGCAAAUUAACCAGCAGGAAGAUGUCCUUAACAUGGAAUGCCUGUUGAAUCAUCAGAUGCCUUCAUCAGUCAGCAUGGAAGGAAUUUCUCCUCCAUGUGAAAAUGACAUCUCAGAUCUUAUUCCUGAGACUACUGUUUCUCUUGUAAACAAAAAGGGCAAUUCCACAAAGGCUGGAAAUAAGGCUCCACAACAAGCCAUCGACUCGUGGAAGAAAAAUGGUUUUUCUAGCCUAAUAAUAGCUGCUCCAGACCUUGAUACUUGGGACCUGAUUAAAGAUCUUCUGCCGCUUCUAUCAAAUUCAGCUCCUUUUGCAAUUUAUCACCAGUAUCUUCAGCCUCUUGCAACUUGCAUGCACAAUCUGCAGCUUGAGAAAAUGGCAAUUGGCUUGCAAAUUUCAGAACCUUGGUUGCGCGAAUAUCAGGUGCUCCCAUCAAGAACCCAUCCAUGCAUGCAAAUGAAUGCGUUUGGUGGCUAUAUUCUUAGUGGGACUAAAAUAUCUAGCAGCUAGCCCAGCUACGAAGCAAGAAAAUCACUCAUUUCAUGGAGGUAUGCUUGUUUGUUGGCCAGAAGAACAGAUGUCUCCAAAAUGUACACUAGCUUUUCAUUCAUAUAAUAUUAUCUGUAAACUUGCAACUACA